CGUAUGCAGCUGUUGUUCAAUCAAGGAGUACCACGGCGUCUACUACGUGAAAUAUUUCCCGUCUGAGGGAGAGAAAGGUCUCCAAAGCUAAGUUAUUUGGUGGGAAUACUCUUAAGCGAUAGAUGAAUUCGACAGCUUCAACGAUGCAACCUCUUUUCCGAUAACCAGCCAUAGUUUUCAGGCCACGAGCCAGCGUGAAAUACGAAAGUUAUUUUUCGCAUGCGCAGGAGAAAUAAUACCGUCAUGAAUAAGAUAAAGUUAACGCUUCGUAAACGGGAAAGAUUUCGAUGUGUCAUAAUGCCGGUGACAACCUUCAGACUCGCUGGAUCGAAUAGUAACACCAAGGCUGUGCCAGGUUACCUAAAGGAGUUGAGCAGUAGUGGGGUUUAGGGAACGCUUCACUGAUUAUGUCUCGGCGGGGCUGUUGCGGUUUGUUUACUAAAGCGACAACAUCUGAAUUGACAAUUAUCGCGCGUUUGAAGAAAAUUUGCGGUAAUCUAGCCUGUCUAUUUCGUCACGUGUUGUUAUUGACCUGCUUCCGAAUGUAAGUAUCGGCCAAUCAGAGCGCACUGUCGUCCGAUGAUUAUUGUGACGUUUUCGGUGCGAUCACAAGGGAGUCUGGGAAGUUUCUUGGAUGUGUACUUCGAGUAGUCUGAUCGGUGUAGGAAUUGGAAUUUCUUAGGGAGACUUUAAACGCUGCACAAUCAGCUGGGUUUAUCAAAAUCGAAGUUUUUUUAUGGUACAGUCAACGAAAAUGACCUCUGGCACCAUGAAAGUUUCAAGGAAGUUGCCUCCGCCAGAGCAAGACGGUAGAACAAUUGUUCCGCAAACGAAGAAACGGAGAACGCUUGAAGAUUUCAACACAUUUUGUAGCCUAAUCCUCGCAUACGAAGGAAAGCAAGAGGACGUUCGUCAGCGCAAUAGAAGUCCAAAUUCGCUAGAGAGCGUGUCGUCGAGUACGGAUUCGGCUUACAGUGAAACAGCUUCUUCACCGGCUAGUUCAAGUGGGGAUGAAAGAUUACUCGACGAUGUUGAUGAGGAAUACAGCUCUGAUGACGAGUCGUGGAACAAAAUCACAUGUUACUGCCAAAAACCUUUCGCAGGACGACCCAUGAUCGAAUGUUCCGAGUGUCUAACGUGGAUUCACUUGUCGUGUGCAAAGAUACGAAAAUCGAACGUUCCCGACGUGUUCAUCUGCCAGAAAUGUCGAGACGCCAAACACACGAUGCGACGUUCGAAUCGAGUGCGAACUCAGCCGAAGACGAAAGCAAUUAACCUAAAAUCAUAGUCAGUGUUUCUUUGUAGAAUACUUUGGCACACCAAUCACUUCUAUCUAGUUCUUAGCUAGUCAUCGCUUUCAUUAUGAAAAUUUGUAAUUACUGAGGCACCGAAUAAUGGUGAAAUGUGGAUGAAGUGCGAGUGACAGGCAUAGUGAAUGAAUACUGCUGUUCGAUUGUUUGUCGUUAGAAGAGCGAAAAAGUUGGCUCGGGUGAGGUAGAGUUUCACGUGUAAAUUUCUUAGCAAUUUCAAACCAAACCCAGUUUUUCACGAAACCUUGUACAGGAGCGCUUAAAAGAUGUCAUAUAAGAGUAUAUAUUUUAUGAAAUACUACAACUACAUGUACAUUACAUGCACGCGCGCGAUCGAUUGCUACCGAGACUGUUCGUAUGAUGUUUGUAUGUCUUUCAUUGGACUGCGUCGUUACGGUUUGUAUAAAAGAAUACUAACGAAUAAAGAAAUACUUUA